CUCCUGCCUCGAGCCGAAUGCUAACGCACCACCCACGCACCAGGCAUGAUCCGCUACUUCCUCUUCCAUCCCGCGGAGCACACGCCGCGGCCACUGAAGUUCGGCACGAUGCGCUCGCUGCGGCACUGGACGGUGCACCGGGCGUGGCAGCUAUUCUGUGCGCAGCAGCGCGUGGCGCGCGAGCGCGAGCUGGAGCGCCAGUACAACUCUAUCCGCGAGGCGUGCGAGGCUUUGAAGCUGGUGACUGAGGGCGGCGAGGCGGCGGGUAAUGCGGAGGGCGGCAGACUGUAUAGAGUCGCUCUCGGAAAGAAGGAGGUUGGAUCGUUUCCGAUUGAGCUAAGGAUCCCCACUGAUACUCCGCCCAAGAAUGGUUGGAAUCAUGGGUGGAAGAGGGCGUAAAGCGUGGCGGGAUGGUGUCUUUGUAUAUU